AUGAGUCUCGCUGAUAGGCUUUGGCGUAAGGUCAAUUCGAAUGCAGCUGAUUUCAAUGCUUGGGUCGGUCUGCUUGAUGCUGCUGAAAAACAGCCCAAUAUUGACGUUACGCGCAAGGCAUUUGAUGCGUUUCUGAUACACUUUCCUUACUGUUAUGGGUAUUGGAAAAAGUACGCCAACGCUGAACGUCACCUUGGAAACAAGGACCGCUGUCUAAAGAUAUUUGCAAUGGGUGUUGAGGCUAUUCCUUUAAGCAUUGACUUGUGGGUUGCCUAUCUUGACGCAAACCUGGAAAUUAUUCACGGACAGGAUGACUAUGAAAUACGCAUGCGCAACCUGUACGAAAUUGCUCUGGAAAAAGCGGGUCUGGAGUUUCGCUCGGAUCCUCUUUGGGAACACUAUAUUAGCUGGGAGUCCGGCCACAAUCGUUUAGGACGUGUUUUGGCUAUCUAUGACCGUCUCCUGCACACGCCGACCCAGCUCUACUUUCAAAAUUGGGACAGUUUUAAGAAGAUGAUUGAGGAGAAUCGACCAGAGGACUUCUUGCCACUGGGAGAGUUCGCUGAACUCCUAGCUAGAGUUUCACCUGUCGCUGGCACCGCAAUGCGUAUAGCUUUGAGCGACUCCAACAAAGCCUCUAUACCUAUUCCAGAUAUUACCGAUGCCGAUCGUAACGCCAUUCGAAAACUGGUUAUUGAUCGUCGUGAGAAGAUCUACCAAGCAACGUACCUACAAAUCAUGAAGCGAUGGUACUUUGAAGAAAAGAUCCGUCGUCCCUACUUCCACGUGAAGCCGUUGGAGGAGGCGCAGCUCAACAACUGGGCGGAGUACCUCAGUUUCGAGGAGUCUGAGGCUGCUAGUGCAGAAGCCCUUCUGGCGGUGUCAGCAACCGAUGACUCGCAGAUUACCCCUGCGGACGUUCAGUUAGCUAAAAAGCGGGUCCGCGUUCUCUAUGAGCGUUGCCUCGUCGCCUGCGCCCUCUACGAGCAUAUGUGGAUUCGCUAUGCCAAGUAUCUCGAGUUCACGGAGCAGGAUAUCCGGAGUGCUAGAGAGGUGUGGCGUCGAGCGUGCGGCGUGCAUUUACGCGCCAAGCCCACCAUACACUGGCAUUGGGCCCUCUUCGAGGCACGCCACCCUGCCGAAUUGGAUGAAACCGGUGGUGAUGGUAAGGCGAUUGUCAAGUCCAUCACUCCAUUGGAAAUACUUACACAACUUGAGGAACGUCUGAUCGACAGUGCUCUCGUCUGCGCUCGUCGUGCCGACGCCAUGCGGUGCGAAGGAAAACCGCUCCUCGAUUUGAUUGUUUGUCUACGCUCGGGCAUAAAUCGUCUGCGUGUGCGGGCCACAGAACAGACGAGUCUCGCGCACACCGUCACUGGUGCCACCGCCUCUUUUUCGGCCGCUAUCGCUCUGGCAACGGCGGCUCAGGCUAGGGCGGGUGCCAGCUACCUGGCCAGCAAGCUGGCUAGGCUACUACAUCGCAAUGUGGGCAAUCUGAUACCUCCGGAAGGACUCCCGGUUUGGCAACUCCUCCUCAAAUCCUCCUACAAACCCUCUCCCGACGUUACGAAUGACACCUCCGACUCGAACUGUGUCAAGACAGAGGAAGAAGCGGAGAUAGUGCCAUCAGUCGGUGUAAUGGAAGAGAAGCUUAAAACAGAGACUGCAGACGCGGUAACAGAUGUGGCAACCAAUACGAAGGAGGAGGAGCAGCAAAACGAAGAGGAAGAAGAGAUGGAGGUAGAAGAUGCGGAACCGAGUGAGGUUACCCCAGAGUCGUUGGAUGUUGCGUCCGCAAAGACAGAUAUCGGCGACGCCAGCGUAGGCUCCGACUCGCCUCCAGUUGUAAUUGGGCGCAAAAAGAACACCUCCGCCGCUGGAGCUUUCAAGCCUAUUGAAGGUGGCAAGAGGAUGCUGGAAGGGGCAGAGGUAGUGGUGACAGUGGCACCAUCGGAGAGCGGUGGUGUGGUUGGGGAAGGUGAAGACGAGGUGGAAGAGCCACAAGCAAAGAGGAAACGUCGUUCUCGUUGGGGGGACGUAGAGGGCGAGACGGAUCGUGAUUUGGCUAACCUGCGUGCAGCGGAGGCCGCGGCAGAGGCGGAGCGACUGGCACGUGCCGACCGCGAUCAGCGCGCCUACGCCUCAGAACGCGCUGCCAUCACCAACGUCUGCCCGCCCUCGGAUCUUUCAACUUUACCGGAGGAGCAGCGUCGUCUUAUCUCGCCUGAGGACGCAGCUCUUGCAGUCCUUCGUGAUGCCAUUGAUUUUGAUCCGCGCAAUGAGCGUCUCUACGCGCAGCUGCUGGACAUAGCCUACCAGCGUCGACCCCUCGAUGUGGAUGGGUUCGUAGAAUUUGCCAAUCUCGCAAUUGUCGACUCCAUCCUCCCCGCCACAGUUAAAUUGGCCUUCGCGCAGCGAAAACUCCAAUUCCUUGAAGAAUUCUGCAGUGACGUCAACAAAAUCUCAGCCGCAUUCGAUGAGUACAUUCAGCUGGCGCAGCUGGUAGUCCAGUGUACCAAUACUGGAACUAGGGAUGCAGGAGACGAGAUGAAAAAACAGCAACAGCAGCAGCAGCAGCAAUCAGUUGGGGUGGACGCUGCAAUGGCCUACACCACACCGGAUCUACUAAACGUGACACUCCCGGCGCCACUGCGUCCCUCUGCACGUCGUAACCCUGUGACGAACGGUCCGGUGCGUCGAAUGCCGCAAAUGGACAUUGGGGCUGCGAUCCUCGCCGACGCCGCAGCGGUUGGUACGCCGCUGCCACCGCCAUCAUCCGCGGAUACCGCCGCCGCUAUUCGUUUUACUGCCGGUGCCUACGAACCCCUUGCAGGAGCCUCUGCCGGCUGCCUUCCUCCACCCGCACCCACAAUGGUCCCCAUUGCUGCUGGUGCCCUUCCUGGGACGGAUGCUGUAGAGGUUUGGCGAGGCCUAGAGCCGACCGGUUAUGCCGCAGCAGUGGCAUCGAGCUACGCCAGCGGCGGUGGCACCUUUUACGCCCCGAUGAGUGCCAGUGCUGACGCCACUGCAAGUGUGCAGGCGCCACCUCCUGCUCUCAUGACUCGCGAGGGCGUCUAA